UCACAUGUGGUAUAAAGAGUGCCGCUAGUAAGCCCUUCAGUUUUGUGUUGUGCUCACAUCGAUAGCGGAUGACAAUGUUUCGAUUCACCGGAUUGCUGUUGGUAACUUGUGCGGCCCUAGCAUCGGCUGCCACCUUGAAUCAUGGUUUGCGGAAACCGGUGAGUAAUGAUAGGAGCGGUCGAAUUGCCGGAGGUCAAGUAGCGACUGCGAACCAAUUUCCCUAUCAAGCAGCUUUGCUGACACCUGCACGAUUCUACUUCUGUGGGGCAACGAUACUGAAUCAGCGCUGGGUUGUCACUGCAGGAGCAUGCGUUAUGGGACUAACCACUCAGGAUUUGCUAGUAUUUGUUGGAAGCAAUCGUUUGACCGAGGGAGGUAUUACGAGCCCAGUGAGCAGGAUUGUCAUGCAUCCGAAUUUCAACGUCAACGUGUACGCGAAUGACGUUGCUGUUGUACAAGUAGUCAACACUCUUCUGUUCUCCGAAUCCAUCCAGCCGAUCGCGAUGCGGCAAGCGUAUGUCGAAGCCGAACGUAAUGCUACAAUUGCUGGUUUCGGUCGUCAAUCGAUCUCCGAUAGUAGCACAGCCGAUCAACUGCGAUUCCUUACAGUUGAGAUAAUCACCCAGAGUCAGUGCCAGGAUACAUUCAGUGAUCCCUACACGGAACGAUUGGCUGAUAAUACAAUGUGUUCGCUCAGUCCCGCCGGUCAGGGAAGCUGUCUUGGCGAUGCUGGUGGUCCACUAAUUUACAACGAUGAACUAGUGGGAAUCCUUUCCUGGGGAAUCCCUUGCGGUGAGGGCAUGCCGGAUGUAUUCGCUCGAAUUUCCAACCACAGGGCCUGGAUCAGAGUGCACACUAUGGUUUGAUUGUGGUGAGGAGAUAUGUUAUCACUAGUAUACUAAAUACAGAAUAGCUUAAGACGAUUGAUAAA